GAAGUGGACAAACCUACCGGAUAUUUAAUCACGUCUCCAUCGGUCAUUUCUGCAAAAAUGUCGAGUCUUCCACGGGAAAUAAGCACCUUUUCGUCUGGACUCCGUAUCAUUCCGAUGACUUGACAGUUAAAACUCUCCCUCUCUGGACCGGAGCGAUGCUUAAACCUCUGCGUGCGUAGUCCCCUCCAUUCCUCUGCCGCCGUGGACCGACACGUUUGGUUCGGUGUUGCUGUUUAAGGAGCUUUCGUUCAACCGAUAUGACGGAGAUCAGCGAAAAGGAGAACGAACCGCAACACCUUCGCCGACCGCACGCCACCGUGCCCAGCCAGCCCGAGUCGAAGUUGCAGCGGUUGAAGCGCUCCCUGUCCUUCAAGUCAGUCAUGCGCAGCAAGAGCACGGACAACUUCUUCCAGCGCAGUAACGGCGAGUUCCGCCCUCUGUCUGCCCUCAUCACCGCGCCGCCGCCCCUGCCCUCUCCUCCCCACAUCUCCGAGUCCCCCCUGGCCUACGAGCGCUCCCCGUCUACCAGUCCUAACCCCUCUUUGUCAUCGCGCUCACCUGCCAUCAGCCCCUCAAAAACAAUGAAUUUCAAAACCAAGCCAAAGUCUCAGGCCCAGCCGGUCAAGACCCACUGCUUCCAAGAGCACGUCUUCCGUCGGCCUGCCAGCUGCCAGCGAUGCAAACACAUGAUCCAAGGAAACUCCAAGCAGGGGCUGCGUUGUAAAGCCUGUAAGCUGGCGGCCCACCUCUGGUGCUCGUCGGAGCUCUCUCAGCAGCCCUGUACUGGCAAGACAGGAGCCUUCAAGAGAAACUUCAGCUCCCCUCUGUUAGCCACUGAUACGCUGGGCGUGGUCAUCGAGGCUCCCGCUGCCCAAGAGGCAGAUAAUGGCAUUGUGGACCCUGUGUAUGAGGCACUGCGCUACGGGACGUCGCUGGCUCAGAGGUGUCGCUCCAGCUUCAGCAGUAUCUCAGAGUCGCCCUGUCACGAGGAGGAAAAACCGCAAGACAAACUAGAAAACCAGCCAAGAGCAGAAGAGGCGCACAUCCCAGGAAUGCUCACCCCUCCUGAAAGCGAGAAGGCUGAUUCCGAAGACAGGGUCAGCCUGAAGACUCCUAAGAAAGUAGAGGUCCACUCCAUCCACACAUAUGUGGCUCUCUACAAGUUUCUGCCUCAGGAGAAGAACGACUUGGAACUACAGCCUGGGGACAGAGUUCAAGUCACAGAUGACUCCAACGAGGACUGGUGGAAGGGGAAAAGCAGAGACAAGGUGGGAUUGUUCCCGGCCAAUUUUGUGCAGCGCGUGCGCCCUGGUGAGCGUGUGUGGAAGGUCACGGAUGGUUUCCACGGCAACCGAGACAAAGGCCAGAUGACUGUGAAAGAGGCCCAGAUCUGUGUGGGGAAGAACGAGGACAUUGACGGUUUCCUCCGGCUGAGCAGCGGGAAGAAGAGAGGCUUGGUACCUGCGAAGAAUCUGCUAGAAAUAUGAUGGCAGCGCAUUUCUCCUUGACCCUCAGUUAAAAAAAAUAAGUUCACGACGACGGAGGUAUACUCGGGAGUGUUUACCCGACACCCGCACCCCUCUAAAAAGUGGCCGUGACUCUGCGGCUCGAGCGGACGACGAGCCACACGUUAGCUUUUUACCCGCAGAAGCUUUUAAGACUGAAAGGCGGCGGCGGCUCCUUCAGAGCUACUCCUCUCGGAGCACAACUUUACUUUGUGCGGUUUGAAUCGCACCCGCGACAGAAAUGUAGCAUCGCGUUGAAGAGGACAGUGUGCGGGACGUCCGGCUACCUCACGAGCCGUUCCCAUCGGCCGUCCCUUCUGCGAAAGACGGGAGGAGUCCGAGUCUCCAUUUCACUGUUCGUGUGAGAAAACAAGACGUAAGACAUUGUGAGCGAUUGUAGCUGUUUAUUGUAGCUCGUCUCAUCAACUUACCUUAGGGUCAAUUUGACCCCAUUUAAUGUUUAACCCUCCUGUUACCUUUAUAUUUACUGACAUAUUUUACCCUUGGGGUCAAUUUGACCCCAGCAAUUAAAACCUCCGGAAAAUUAUUAGAAUUAAUAUUGUUUUCCAAGUUUAAGUGUGAGGUACUUUAUGUUUGUUUGUUGACUACCUAAAUAGCCCUUUAAAUAUAUAAAAAAAGUUGAUAUUUCUUAUAUGUUUGACACAGUGAAAAACAGCCUGGGGUCAAAUUGACCCCAAAGAACACCGACGUUAAACAUUGAAUGGGGUCAAAUUGACCCUAAAGGUAACAGGAGGGUUAAGAGAUGUGGUAGAUUCAACCGAGGGGUAUCUGACGACCCGUUUCUGUGCAGCUCGCGUCGCGCACACGUCUGCCUUUGUCAUGCGGCUUUAUGAUUUGCAUGCGUGUCACUCCUGCUCCCAAUAGAAAAUGAUUCAGGUAUUGCAUUGUGUGUAUGUAAAGAUUUUAAAAAAUGCUAAAUCUAGAUCCAAUGAAAAUCAUAACACACACACACACACUGGAUUUUCUAUAUUUCAAACUGCUCUCCAGAGAUUAGAUGACUGUACGUGUGUGUGUGCUCUUCACAGCUCCGAUGUGACAAAUGCUUUGCGUGCACCUCUGGGAGCGUCCGUCCCUCAGUACGCCCUUCAUGGACACUUCCCCCACACACACAGAUUGUUGUCUAAAAUCAACAACUGGUCUCUGCUUCCUGCCAUUACAUUGCAUUUUUUUUAAUCUGUAUUUCAAAUCCUGUGAUAUUCGCACGUCAUAUUAUUUGAUUUUGUUGUUGGAACUUGAGGAUUGGUGGGAUUUCUCAACUUUCUGAAGCUUUUCUUGCACGGAGGAGCACAGCAAUGAAAAACUGUCAUUCAGGAUGAUGGAUUAAAAAAAAUCAAUCGCAGUGUUAUUUAUUAGAAAAGUGAGGAAGGCUUUUCAAACGUGGAGUCUCUCCGAAAGUCACGUUCACAUCUCCAGCUGUCUUAAAUGUGCUGAACUCUUUCUGAAUGGCUGACGUUUCUCCCAGCGCAUGUGAUUACUUUGAAGUAACUCCGAGGGACUGUUAUCGUUUCUGUUAUUUAAGGUCUAAAAGGCAAAAUCAUCGUACACCAUUUAAUGUAUUGCUCUAAUUAUAAACAAAAAGGCAGUGACAAACUGUCUUUUGUUGCGGCAAUAACUGUAAAUAAAGAUUUGACAGUAUUUGUAAAUAGCCUU